CUCGCGAGACCUGGACGUGCUAUGUGACCUGGGCUAAGCGGAAGUUGGGCCUCUUUUUUGUGGCUCCUGGGAGGCGAGCGGUAGCUUCGUCAUGAAGCUGAACAUCUCCUUCCCAGCCACUGGCUGCCAGAAACUCAUCGAGGUCGAUGAUGAACGCAAGCUUCGCACGUUCUAUGAGAAGCGCAUGGCCACAGAGGUGGCCGCUGACUCCCUGGGUGAAGAGUGGAAGGGUUACGUGGUCCGAAUCAGCGGUGGGAACGACAAGCAGGGCUUCCCCAUGAAGCAGGGCGUCCUCACCCACGGCCGUGUGCGCCUGCUGCUGAGUAAGGGACACUCCUGCUACCGACCCCGGAGGACCGGGGAGAGAAAGCGGAAAUCCGUCCGAGGCUGCAUCGUGGACGCCAACCUCAGCGUUCUCAAUCUGGUUAUUGUAAAGAAAGGAGAGAAGGACAUUCCUGGGUUGACCGAUACUACCGUUCCUCGGCGCCUAGGGCCCAAAAGAGCUAGCAGAAUUCGCAAACUUUUCAAUCUGUCUAAGGAAGAUGAUGUCCGCCAGUAUGUUGUCAGGAAGCCCUUGAACAAGGAAGGUAAAAAACCCAGGACUAAAGCCCCCAAGAUCCAGAGACUUGUUACUCCACGUGUCCUUCAACACAAACGCCGCCGUAUUGCACUGAAGAAGCAGUGCACUAAGAAAAACAAGGAGGAGGCUGCAGAGUAUGCUAAACUUCUGGCCAAGAGAAUGAAGGAAGCCAAAGAAAAACGCCAGGAGCAGAUUGCCAAGCGACGCAGGCUGUCAUCUCUGAGAGCUUCUACUUCCAAGUCUGAGUCCAGUCAAAAGUGAAAUGCUUCAGUAACAAAUAAAUUAGAUGUGAC